UCUAGAUCUUUGCCUGUACUCUUUCUUUAUACUGGACGGUCAGUCAAUUUCUUCCAGGCGUUUCAAGAGCUAUCGAACAUCUGAUCGGUAGUCUCUGAUUGGUUGGAAAUCAUCCGCUCUGUGCACAUCGUCAAAGAAAAGGAGCUCGUCACAUGGAGAGCAAAAUGGCAGCUAUACAAAGCGAGAUCGAAACUGCCAACAAGAUCCCGAUUCUUAGGGAAAUGGCCGAACAAGUCGACAUUGGGUUAAAGCGGAGACUUGAUGAUAGCGACGAAAUGAUGCCGGAUGAAACUUCGCUUGAACAUCAAGGAAUGGUGGGGUUUGAGAAAACUAAACGAAGAAGUGCAAAAAAGCGAAAGACUUCCUCAAAUGCGGCUUUCAAGACUCCUUUGAUGCAACUCAAUGAGUAUAAGCCGGGCUUAGAGUUUCGAUUAGUGAGCCAAGAAGGACCCCCACACGAUACUACGUUUGUAGUCGCGGUUACCGUGAACGGGCAAACUUACGAAGGCAAAGGCUCAAGUAAACAACGAGCGAAACACGACGCGGCAGAGAAAGCGCUUCAGUCGUGUGUACAACUUCCUUUCAACAUAAAAACGGAGUAUGCGCCUACUAACGAGGACUUUACUGCUGACGCCACGGGGAAUUCUUUCACGGAGAAUUCAGAGAACGGCCAGAAAACGUCAGAUCCUUCCAAACUCGGCAAGGCAGACAUUUCAAAGCACCCUGUGAUGUAUUUGAAUGAGCUCCAUCCAACUCAGAUCGACUACCAGUUUGAGGAAGGGACAUCAGAGCACGACAAAUUCAUCUGUAACAUUGAGCUGAAUGGUGUAGAGUUUUCCGGUACAGGCACUAGCAAGAAGAAGGCGAAAGUGGUAGCUGCCACCAAAGCCUUAGCAAAGGUGUAUGGUAAGGUCAAUGCGUUUGACUCAUGUGUUGUGCCUGGAAUUAGUACCAAUGGUUCUACACCAACGGCCCAGCAGCCACCAGCAACCCAGCUGCCGCAAGAGGUUGCCGACCACAUUGCUCACAUUGUAGUGGAGAAGUACCAGAGCCUGACGUCCACAUUAGGUGACGCAGCCAAACGAAAGGUGCUCGCCGGCAUUGUCAUGGUGAGGGGAUCACAGGCUGGGGGACAGGCAAGAUUUGACAUGAUUAGCAUCGGUACUGGGACAAAGUUUAUCAGUGGUGAGUACAUCAGCGACAAAGGAUAUGCUGUUAAUGACUGCCAUGGGGAGAUCAUUGCACGAAGAGGCUUGCGCAAAUUCUUAUACAACCAGCUUGAAUUAUGUGUCCAAGGUGACCAGAAUUCCUCCAUAUUUGAGUUAAAGCCAAGUGGCUUGUAUGGUCUAAAAGAUCAAGUUGAGUUCCAUUUGUAUAUAAGCACAUCUCCCUGUGGCGACGCCAGAGUGUUCUCUCCACAUGAAGGAGACCCUGAAGAGAUUGAUCGCCAUGCCAACAGUAAAAAACGUGGGAUAUUGAGGGUCAAGAUAGAGAAUGGAGAAGGAACCAUCCCAGUGGCUAACUGUGACUCUGCAAUUCAAACUUGGGACGGGGUUAUAGGAACAGAGAAGCUGCGCACCAUGUCAUGCAGUGAUAAGAUAUGUAAAUGGAACACACUCGGAGUGCAAGGGGCCCUUCUGAGUCACUUUAUUGAGCCGGUCUACUUCACAUCAAUCAUUCUAGGAAGCUUAUACAGAUACAAUCACAUGGCGAGAGCAAUGUAUGAGCGUGUUGGUCCAGUUGAAGAUCUUCCAGGAAUAUAUAGAUGCCACCAACCCUUGAUGAACAAAGUCUCUUUCCCAGAGUCUAGAAUCCCAGGAAAAGCACCAAAACACAGUUUGAACUGGUUGUGUGAUGAGGAUAUCAUAGAGAAUAUCAACGCUGUCACUGGGAAGCUGACAGAAGCAGCCCAGCCUUCACGUCUUUGCAAGCAGGCCAUGUUCACCAAGUUCCUGGCUCUGUGGGCCAAACUACGGCAAUCCCAGACUCCGCCAAGGCUCUAUGAUGAAGCUAAGUUAUCUGCUGAAGCCUAUCAGAAAGCUAAGGCAUCUCUGAUGAUGGCAUUUAUAAACAAUGGCUUGGGUGUGUGGAUACGCAAACCCUUAGAGCAGGACCAAUUUGGACUAGUAGCAUAGCUACUCAUUUGUACUGUUGAAUGUAGUGUUUACGUUCUCAAUGAGUUCAGAAUGAGUGGAAGUAUGCAUGAUUUUCGCAACAGUGCUUGUAUGCUGCAUUCAAGUCUGCUGCUUGUGAAAUAGUUUUGAGUAUUCAGAGAACUCUCACCAGCUGCUUCCUUUCAACGUUACACGUUUUUUAACCCCUGAUUGAUUAUCCCAUGGAAUGUCUGAAAGGGGACUCUAGUCCCCACAUGCUGUUGUACAUAAUGAGAUCUUAUACUAUAAUGAAAUAUUGGUUUUAAGCUGUUAGAAAAAAUAGUCUUAUUGUCAAUUAUUUUAGAAAGACAUAAUAUUUUCUAAACCUUUUUUCAAGUAAAUUUCAGUUCAUCGGUAUAGCAUUUGUGGGUGGAAUAAAGUAUUAUAUGUUGGAGA